UCGAGUCAUAUAUUGAAAGCAAUAUACUUGUACCGAUAUACAAGUUUAUAUAGGGUAAAUAGAUAAUUCCAUAUAUACAUAACAAAAAUUUACAAGAAAAAACUAGUUUGUGUCUUUGUUUUACGUUCGUGGGUUCACAUACACAGUUGAUGGGAAGAACUGUGAUCACCAAAGCACCAAAGCUUUUCUUAAGGAGUUGGAAGCAAGUUUAUGGACGAGCAGGGAUAAGCAGCAAAGCUGCAAAACCAAAUCCUAUGGUAGUCGACUACUCUGAAGACAUUUCCGAUCAUAGAGUAGAGAUCAACUGUGGCGGCGAAGAGGAGUGGAUCCCACACCCACGUACCGGAAUAUUCUUUCCGCCACGACAUGAGUCGGUGAUGGACGGUGUCCCUGACGGUGCAGCUUCCUUUGACAUGACGUUUUGGCUUAGGAACGUAGACGGUGUGGACAAACCUGAGCCUGCUUAUCAUUUUCCUAACUGAAAAUGCUACAAUGAUCGAGUUAUGUAAGAAAUUAUAAUGGGACUAUACUAUGUAACUAUAGCAAAAUAAUCUCAUUCCUGAUGAAUGGUUUGUACGCAACUUUGAUUAUGAUACUUUCGUAUGAUGCAUCUAUCUUAUU